CUUCAAUUCUUUGUGAAAUGAUACCCCUUGCGACAUCUACCGGAUAUUUCGCGGAUUGCAAUGAAAAACAUGCGAGUUUAACCUUAUAAUUUGAAAUUAACUUUUUCGAGAUAAAAUUGUAUUCGCAAUCACUACGCAUUUCAACUCAAGGAGUUAUAAAGAUAUAUUUCUCAUCAUGAGUUCUCAACGUGGAAAUGUUUCAAGAAAUCGUCCACAGAAACACAAGAAUCGCCAUGCAUUCAAGAAUGAUCUCCACGAUAAGAGCAACAAAAUCAAGAUGAUCAACAGCAUUCAAGUCGGGGAUGUUUGCGCAAGAUGUAAAGACAUCAUCGAUUGGAAAAUCAAAUACAAAAAGUAUAAGCCGCUUAGCCAGCCGAAAUCAUGCACGAAAUGUGCGCAGAAAACCAUCAAGAAAGCUUAUCAUGUGAUCUGCACAGAAUGCGUGAAGAAGUUCAAAGUUUGCGCGAAAUGUCUGGAGUCCAAAGAGAUUAUUCCAGCUGCUCCUGAUCAACAGGAACAAUUGAAACUCGACGCAGAGAUGAGAGCAAUGUUGCAAUCUUUACCCGAGCGUAAAAGACGAACUUUUAUUAGAUAUAUGAAUAAAAACAAGACUACAAGUGAGAAUCCACAGCCUAAAGAAGAGCAGAAAGAUGAUUUAAUGGAGAAGUUAAAUAAACUUAAACUAGAAGCUGGUUGUGAUGAUGAUGAUGAUUUUGGUAGCGAUUUUGGGAGUGAUGUUGAUGAUAUUGAUGAAGAUGAUGAUUGUAAUUCUGAUGGAGAUGAUAAAAUAUAACUUUCAUGAUAUUAA